AUGGUUCCUAAGUUAAAGAAGUUUAGUGCGUUGGAUUUUGUACCAACAAUUAGCGAUAGUGAAUCUGAUGUUCCUGAUUUAGAUGUUUCUGAUGAAGAACUUCCAAAGACAGAAGAACCAAAAAAGAAAAAUAAUAAGAAGAAGUCCAAACAAAAUAAUGCCCCUAAGGGUGGUGAGGAUGAAGAAGGUCAUGACGAUAUUAACAACGAUUUUAAAUUCGAUGUUGAUAAUGGUGAAGUGACAGCUGGAUUUAAAGGUUGGGAUUUCUUAAAUGAUGCGGAUUCGAAUGGGAAUAGCGGUGAUCUGGCUAAGAAGGAUGUUGAUUUGGAUCAAAUUAUCAGAAGAAAGGGUGGUUUAAUUAAAAUGGCCCAUGUUGAUGAUAGUGAAGAAGAAGAAGAAGAAGAAGGAAAAGAGGAAGAACAUAAUGAACACGAAUCAGACGAUGAUGAAUUAGCUAUGGAUGGUUUUGGUAUGGGUUCAACAAAAAAGCAAGAUGAAGAUGAAAACGAGGAAUCUGCAGAAGAAAAUAACGACGAUGAAGAAGAAGAAGCAGACGAUGAAGAAGAAGAAAAGGAAGAAGAUGAAGAUGCCGAUUCUGCGGAGGCCGUGAACCAAUUUUAUGCUCCAGAAAGUGAAUCAUUAGAGGCUAAGGAACAAACACACUCUAAUUUCAACUCUUUGGCUCUUUCUCGUCCUGUUCUAAAAGGUCUGAGUAACUUAGGUUACACCAAACCAUCUCCAAUUCAAAGUGCAACAAUUCCUAUUGCAUUACUCGGUAAAGAUAUUAUUGCAGGUGCUGUUACAGGUUCUGGUAAAACUGCAGCCUUUAUGAUUCCUAUUAUCGAACGUUUAUUAUACAAACCUGCCAAGGUUGCUUCCACAAGAGUCAUCGUAUUGACACCAACUCGUGAACUGGCUAUCCAAAUUUCAGAUGUGGGUAAAAAGAUAGCCCAAUUUGUUCCAGAUAUUACUUUUGGUUUGGCUGUCGGUGGUUUGAAUCUAAGACAACAAGAACAACAAUUGAGAUCUCGUCCAGAUAUUGUCAUUGCUACACCAGGUAGAUUUAUUGAUCAUGUUAGAAACUCUUCUAGUUUUAAUGUGGAUUCCGUUGAAAUUAUGGUAAUGGAUGAAGCUGAUAGGAUGUUAGAAGAAGGUUUCCAAGAUGAAUUGAGUGAAAUUAUGCAACUCCUACCAACCAAAAGACAAAACCUGUUAUUCUCUGCUACUAUGAAUUCUAAAAUCAAGCAACUAAUAUCACUUUCUUUAAAGAAACCUGUAAGAAUCAUGAUUAAUCCUCCAAAACAAGCUGCAUCAAGGUUGAUUCAAGAAUUUGUCAGAAUUCGUAAGAGAGAUCAAUUGAAACCAGCUUUACUAUUUAACCUAAUUAGAAAACUAGACAGCAUGGGUCAAAAGAGAAUUGUGGUUUUUGUAGCCAGAAAAGAACUAGCUCAUAGACUGAGAAUUAUCCUAGGGUUAUUAGGUAUGAAGGCUGCAGAAUUACAUGGUUCCUUGUCACAAGAACAACGUUUGGAUUCUGUCACCAAAUUUAAAAGUUUGGAAGUUCCUGUCCUAAUCUGUACAGAUUUAGCCUCCAGAGGUUUAGAUAUUCCAAAGAUUGAAGUUGUCAUAAAUUAUGAUAUGCCUAAGAGUUACGAAAUCUACCUUCACAGAGUUGGUCGUACAGCCAGAGCUGGUAGAGAAGGUCGUUCUAUUACGUUUGUCGGUGAAUCCACUCAAGAAAGAAGUAUCGUCAGAGAUGCAAUCAAUAGUGUCGAAAAUGUUAAUAAGACUGCUGCAAAGGGUCAAAGAGGUAAGGCACUAGGUAGAAAUGUCGACUGGAGUAAAGUUGAAGAAACCAACUUAUUAAUAGAAAAGAAUACAGACACCAUUGAUGAGAUUCUAGAGGAAGAAAAACAAGAAAAAGAAAUUUUGAGAGCUGAAAUGCAGAUCAAGAAGGGCCAAAACAUGUUAAAGCACAAGGACGAGAUCCAAGCAAGACCAAAAAGGACAUGGUUCCAAUCUGAGAAGGAUAAAAAGAAUAACAAACUGUUAGGGGCCCUUUCGAAAACAAAAAAAGAAAGUAACAGCAAAAAGAGAAAGAGAGAUGAAGCGUUAGAAGAUGGUGGCCGUUCUUACAAGAAAACACAAAAUGAUCGUAAAACCGACCAAGAACGUACUUUUAAGAAACAAAGAGUCGGUAAUGGUAAAAAUAAGAAGAAAGGUGGCAGAAGGUAA